AUGUCAAAGCUUUUAUGGAGCUUUUCAGUAUGCAAUCCUCAGAUCAAACAUGAAGAACCUGGUGACACGGUUCCACUACAACCCCAGAGAGUCAGCCGAUUUGCAGCAUCACGGCACGCACAAUUCAAACUUCCAGGGGAAAAUGCGGGGAUAACAACUGUAUUUCAAGUGUAUGCUCAUGGAAUCAGCCCAGAUAACAAUAACAUGAUAACUGACUAUGUGGAAGAGAUUGAGCGGCUCAUUGAAUCUGCAGACUACGAUGUGACACUAGUGGCAGCUACCAGUGACGGGAGAAUGUUUAGUACGAAUGUGAAACAACACAACAUUGGAUAUUUUUUAGCAGAAGGAUUUGCAGAGACUGAAAAAACAUACAGGCAGGCUGAGUUGGCGGAUUCACUUGUUCAGGUGUUGUUUGGGACGCAGAGUUUGCGACCACCCCCCGUUUGGUUGACUACUAGAGUUAAUGGUGAUAGUGGGAGUAGUGGCAUGUUAGUUUUGGAAAUUCGGCGAGGAUACCGUGCAAGAGGAGCAGCUCACUGGUCUGCAUAUGAAGCUAUGCUUCUUGGAGAGAUUCCAUUGCAUGCCAUGAAUAGAGGAGGAUCUGAGAGUACCAACACUGUGCAUAAUAUGUUGAUUCAAGGAACAGCGCAGUUGAUGGGAGCCAAAACACAGAUUUUGAAGCAGAAGGAGCAUGAGCGACAAUUGGAAGUCCAAUUGGAGGAAUUUUUACAAAGCAAAGCUCUUGAAGAAGCUGAUUUGUUGGAGAAGAUGCUGAUGCUUUUGAAUAAGAAGAAGGAGAAACUAGAGCAAUUGCGGGAAGGCGUUGACAUUCCGGAUGAUGAUGAUGCUGCGCUGUAUGAUUUUUACGCCAAGGUCGGUGAAUACAGUGUUUUUGAUACCGAAGGGCGGAUGAAGGAGGGAGGAGUUGUUCCCAUAAGGCCUGAGGUUUUGCAGUUAGCCAGCCAGCCUGUUGGAAAUAAUGAAGGGGUGGGUACUAGUCAGGCAUUAGUUUCAAUAUCGCCUAUGGGGUCACCAGCCCCAAGAGCACUAGAGUCUGAACUAGGAUCGGAACCAAUAGCAGCACCAUUAUCAGAAACACUUUUUGGAUUACCCACUAAAAAAGAAUUACCCGAGAAGCAUGUUUUGGACCUGCAUAGACAAGACAACGGUAGAAGUGAUUCCAUGGAAGAUGCAACUGCUACAUUGGAAGCGAGCCUUGCCGAACUGAACGCACCAGAGGCUCCGUGGCGUCGGUUUAUUCGGCGGCGUAAGGAACAGCAGGAGGUUGAGGGUGGGGAUGGGAGUGAAGGAUCUGUUGUUAAUGACAGUGCAGCUAACCAAGGUGAUAGAGAGCAGGAACCGGAACAGAUUAUGGCUGAGAAUGACGAGAGUACGGAUGAAAGCACAGACACCAGUCAUGACAGUGAAGAUGAUAGAGAUGAGGAGAUGAUGGUUCACAAGUCUUCGGUCACCUUAGCAGCAGCACAUUCUGAAAAAACUGUGAUUACCGAUAAUUUUGACGACGGAUCCGAAACAGACUGA